GUGCUGUUUCAGCGCUCACCGCUAGACAUGUAAAAACAAUGGCGGACUAGUGCCGUGGUGGAAGUGGAUGCCGCUGGGUGGGUUGAGCUGCUGGCUGCGGGAACACGGCAGGAAGACGGCGGGCACACACGCCGGUGCUUGGCCGGAUAGGGGGAUCACUUUACCCGUAGCGGGGGUUCCUUUGAGGGGGUUUUGUCCUCGCUGAGCCUCGGGAACAGGUCGGACAUGAACGGGGAAGUCGUAUGCGGCACCGACCUCCUCUCCAUUCCAAGCUGCACGGUGUCGACACCCGUGGUUCACCACGACAACGCCAUCACCGCCGCGCCAGAGGAGGGGGAAUGUUCUCCGCCGCGCGGUCGGAGGAACCACAUCCAGAGGCAGGAUGACGGCUGGAGAGAAAACGGCUUGGACUCCGAGGCAGAAAGCCGGCGCUCCCCCUGCUGGCCGGAUGGAUCUACUUCCCUUCUGCGGCGCUACUCUGCUACCACAAGCCGCCUCCGCUGCCCCCGCCAGGCCCGGGGGGUCUCUGACACUGACAGACUCAUCAAAGCCAAGAAAACCGGCGGAGGGAAGAACUGCCAGAUCCAGAAAAUUACAGACUUCUUUCCAAAAAGACGGAGCAAUCGGCAAAGCAAAACGGAACUGAAGCUUGAACAGAAGCAGCUAAUAGAUGACCUCAUCACGCGCGGAAUAGAGGAAGGAAUGCGGAUGCAGUAUAUGGAGGGAAAGGGCAGAGCCGUUUUCUCCACACGCCGCUUCCGUAAAGGCGAGUACGUGGUGGAGUACCAUGGCGACCUCCUGGGGAUGACGGACGCCAAAAAGCGAGAGGCGGAAUACGCCCAGAACCCAGAAACUGGCUGUUACAUGUACUACUUCCAGCACCUCUGCAUCACCUACUGCGUGGACGCCACCAAAGAGACGGGGCGUCUGGGCCGUCUGAUCAACCACAGCAAGAAAGGGAACUGCCAGACCAAGGUGCACGACAUCCAGGGCGUGCCACACCUCAUACUGGUGGCGGCGCGGGACAUCGAGGACGGCGAGGAGCUGCUGUACGACUACGGCGACCGCAGCAAGGCGUCCAUCGCCGCACACCCCUGGCUCAAACACUGACUCCAGCGCCGCACGGCGGGAGAAAACGCAAGUAACGCCUUCUCACGCAGAGGAAGGGGCGGGGCUUGGGGAACUUUGGCCAUCUUUAAUUGACAUCGCGGCUGUAGGAAACCUUUUUUUUUUUCUAUCACGCAGGCACACUUUUAUACUUUUGAAAAAAAGAUCACACUCAGCACUUUUCAAACCUUUUGAAGCGACUCCAAUCACGCAAAGUUCAUAAUCUCAUACUGGAGGAACACCACUGCGCUUUGGUGGCAGCAGAAGUACUAUUUUUAUUUCUCUGCUGCCUUUCAUUUAAUAACCAUCAAUUAUUAGUCGCCUUCUUUGCUUUUGUAUACCUUUUUUAGGGAAAAAAACACAAAAUAACACACGAAAGCUAAGUUUUUUUGUGUUAAAAUGAAUAAAUGUCAACAAUUAAAAUAGGAAAGAAUAAUUUAAAAGUAUCAAACGUUAUUAAUUUUCUGGUCAUUAAAUUAAAUUGUGAAAUAUAAUCUGAAAUAAUUAUAUUGAGUUGAUUUAUUUAUGUUGGAAUGGAAAAAAAAGGAAUGUCACAAAUGAAUAAAUAGGUUAAGUCAAAUAAUUUCAGAUUAUUAUUUUAGGGUUUAAGUAAUUAUUGGAAAUUUUUAAUACUUAAUUUUGUAUCGGAAAAAAAAUAUAUAUUUCUCAUAUUUAUUAUUUAAAUGGCUCUACAGUAAACCCUCGUCAGCUAGGAGGAAAAAACCCAAAAUAACACACACAAGCUAAGGUUUUUUUUUGUGGUAAAAUUACUAAAUGUCAACGAUUAAAAUAGGAAAGAACAAUUUAAAAGUAUCAACAACUUUAUUAAUUUUCCCUUUAUUUAAUUAAAUUGUGAAAUAUAAUCUGAAAUAAAUAUAUUGAGUUGAUUUAUUUAUGUUGGAAUGGGAAAAAAAAGAAAAGUCACAAAUGAAUAAAUAGGUUUAGUCAAAUAAUUUCAGAUUAUUAUUUUAGGGUUUAAGUAAUUAUUGGACAUUUUUAACACUUAAUUUUGUAUUGGAAAAAAAAUCAUGUUUCCCAUAUUUAUUAAUUAAAUGGAGUAAACCCUCUUAAGCUAAGAGGAAAAAACCCAAAAUAACACACACUAAGUUUUUUUUUCUGGUAAAAUGAAUAAUGUCAAUAUUUAAAAUAGGAAAGAAUAAUUUAAAAGUAUCAACAACUUUAUUAAUUUUUUUCGUUAUGUAAUUAAAGUGUGAAAUAUAAUCUGGAAUAAUUAUAUUGAGUUGAUGUAUUUAUGUUGGAAUGGGGAAAAAAAGAAAAGUCACUAAUAAAUAAAUAGGUUGAGUCAAAUAAUUUCAGAUGAUUAUUUUAGGGUUUAAGUAAUUAUUGGACAUUUUUAACACUUAAUUUUGUAUCGGGAUAAAAAAUUAUAUUUCUCAUUUUUAUUAUUUAAAUGGCUCUACAGUAAACCCUCGUCAGCUAGGAGGGAAAAACACAAAAUAACACACACAAGCUAAGGUUUUUUUUUUUGUGGUAAAAUUACUAAAUGUCAACGAUUAAAAUAGGAAAGAACAAUUUAAAAGUAUCAACAACUUUAUUAAUUUUCCCGUUAUUUAAUUAAAUUGUGAAAUAUAAUCUGAAUUAAUUAUAUUGAGUUGAUUUAUUUAUGUUGGAAAGGGGAAAAAAAUAAAAGUCACUAAUAAAUAAAUAGGUUGAGUCAAAUCAUUUCAGAUUAUUAUUUUAGGGUUUAAGUAAUUAUUGGAAAUUUUUAACACUUAAUUUUGUAUCGGAAAUUUUUUUUUUAUUUCUCAUAUUUAUUAUUUAAAUGGCUCUACAGUAAACCCUCGUCAGCUAGGAGGAAAAAACACAAAAUAACACAAGCUAAGGGUUUUUUUUGUGGUAAAAUUAAUGUCAACGAUUAAAAUAGGAAAGAAUAAUUUAAAAGUAUCAACAACUUUAUUAAUUUUCCCGUUAUGUAAUUAAAGUGUGAAAUAUAAUCUGGAAUAAUUAUAUUGAGUUGAUGUAUUUAUGUUGGAAUGGGGAAAAAAGGAAAGUCACUAAUAAAUAAAUAGGUUUAGUCAAAUAAUUUCAGAUUAUUAUUUUAGGGUUUAAGUAAUUAUUGGACAUUUUUAACACUUAAUUUUGUAUUGGAAAAAAAUAAUUUUCCCCAUAUUUAUUAUUUAAAUGGCGCUACAGUAAACCCUGGUCAGCUAGGAGGAAAAAAA